UGACGAUUCCCGAAUUCUGCGCAUUACCCAGCUCUACUCCAUGUUUACCGCUUAGACCAGAGCUUUGCAACCCCCAUCACGGCCUCGAUUACGGCCUCUUGAGCCUCACUGCGCCUUUCACUCUGGUCCCCGCCGGCUGUGCGACGCAUGUCACGACGUCUGCCAUCUGAGGACUGUCCCUUCGCUUCGCGCUGGUCAUGACCUACCAGUACUCUCCCCGCAGCAAGCUGGGCCACCCAGCAACAUCGCCUUCCCCUCUCCGCCACGCCUCCAAUGCAUCUACGAACUCCUCCGCAUACUCGAAUUCGUCGAACCAAUACCCUCCCAGUCGCACAAGCACCCUCUCCUCCAAUGGGUCCGGCACGUAUGGUCAUUCGGCCCUGGGACACAGGCGCGGCAUGAGCGAAGCAUCCGCUCUGUCAAAUCCGCCGCGGACCGAGAGCUACUAUGGCUCAGAGGACUCUACUCAGUCCAAUACAUACAAGAACAUGCGACAGUCGCUACGGCCCCUCGCCCAGGCACCUGCGAGCUCGCCAGUCCAGGAGAAACCUGCCUAUACACCACCAAGCCCGAAGCACAGUAGAUCACAGAGCGUGGAUCCUGUCCGAUAUAUGGAUCAAAAUGAUGGUACAGUAUCGCCUCCGGCGAAACCAAGACCGCUUUCCAUGGCCAUCUCCCGAUCAGAUUCCAUACGAGCCCCUACACACGACAAAUCUGGCAAACAUAGGGGCCACCAACAAUUGAGCCCCCACAUAGAACGGCCAGAGCUGCAAAGCUUUGGGAAGUCGAGCACCGGUCACCUUCGCGUUCUCUCAAAGUUUGCUGACAGCGCUUCGGACGGUGACUUCUCACCCCUCUCCUCCGGCUCCAUGGUGGUCGGCUCGCAUACACGUCGGCGACUACAGCGAAAAGUCUCAAGUGGAACCAAAAAAUCAUCUAUAGGCUGGGCAAGCAGAAACUGGAUGGACACCCAGCGACAAUUCCUGCAAGCUUAUGAAUACCUUUGCCACAUCGGAGAAGCCAAAGAAUGGAUAGAAAACAUCAUCGACAACGAGCUGCCUUCAGUCGUCGAACUGGAGGAAGCGCUCAGAGAUGGCGUGACUCUUGCGGAAGUUGUUCAAGCCAUUUUCCCUGAACGACCAAUGCGAAUAUUCCGAAAUCCGAGACUCCAAUUUAGGCAUUCUGACAACAUAGCCAUCUUCUUCAACUUCUUAGCUGAGGUGGAACUUCCCGACAUAUUCCGUUUUGAACUCGUAGACCUCUACGAGAAGAAGAACAUCCCCAAGGUUAUUUAUUGCAUUCAUGCUCUAUCCUGGAUGUUACUAGCAAAAGGGAUCGUCGGCUUCCGGAUCGGAAAUCUUGUCGGCAAGCUGCAAUUCGAAGACCACGAAUUGGAAGCGAUGCAAAAGGGUCUCGACAAAUCUGGCAUCAACAUGCCCAACUUCACGGGCAUGUCAGCAAAUUUCGGUGCGGAACCUGAACCAGAACCCGAAGAGUCGGAAGAGGAUCGGAUCGACCGGGAGUUGGCAGAAAACGAACCUACGAUUUUGGAUCUGCAGGCUCAGAUUCGAGGAGCACUUGUAAGGGUACGGCUCGGGAACUUGAUGCAAGAGCUUUGGGACGCGGAGGACACUAUAAUUGAUCUCCAAUCAAGGAUACGAGGCGACUUCACGAGACAAAUUGCCCAGUACCGGAUGGACAUGUGGAAGUUUGCAGUCAAUCUACAAAGUGCGGCGAGAGGAUUCCUCGUCCGGUCAAGAUUACAAGGUGAAGAAGAAUACUGGAGGGAUAAGCAGAAAGAGGUGGUUACAAUUCAGAGUUUAUUCAGAGCGCGCCAAGCUCGAGCAGAAGUCCAGUAUGUGAAAUCUAAGGUCCAGCGGCAUGAGAGUGGCAUUCGAAACUUCCAAGCAGCAAUCCGAGGAGCUUUGACGAGAAUGAAAGUCGGAGACCAAUAUGAGCGCAUUAGUGAGGGCGAGGCCGUCAUGCAUGAUCUACAAGCAAUGAUCCGAGGUGCUUUAGUACGACGCAAGAUGAAUCAGAAUCGUACCGAUACAAAAGAGUCUGAGCCGAGUGUAGUUAUCCUACAAGCCGCCGCCCGUGGAAUGCUCCUUCGACAAUCAAUGCGUACCGACCGAGAGAGCCUUCGUCGAGAAGAAUCGAUGAUCACUUCAUUGCAGGCCGCUGCCAGGGGUCUCGUUACUAGACGGCAACAUGCAGAAGUCCAAGACAAACUGGUAAGCAGUAAUGUCGAUUGGUCUGAUUUCCAAGCUCAGGUUCGAGGGAACGCUUUGAGAGACUCGGUCAAGCAAUUGCGGGAGGAGCUUGAGCCUGAAUCCCCGCGUAUCAUCGAGCUCCAAGCCGCAGCGAGAGGCUCUCAGCUUCGACAAAAGGUUGCGCAAGCUCUUGACGCGUUAGCAGCUCAGGAGGCAUUUACCACUCAGUUACAGGCUUUUGCUCGAGGUUUCAUGAACCGCCAGAGGCACUUUUCUGACCUCAAAUCCCUACAGGCACACACUCCCACCAUCAUUGAUCUUCAAUCAGCGUCCAGAGGAUUCGUCGAGCGCCAGCGGACGUAUGAGCUGCUUUGCGACCUCAAUCAGCACGAGCUAGAGAUUGUCUCGCUACAAGCACUGGCUCGUGGGAUGCUUCUCCGAGCUGACGUUGGAAGUGCGCUUGGUCACCUAGACUCCCACGAAGAUGCCAUUGUUGAGCUGCAAGCUUUGGCUCGAGGAAUGGUCAUCCGACGAGGCUUUGUGGAGAAAAAGAACUUCUACAAGCAGAAUAUGGAAAAGGUCAUCAAGCUUCAGAGCUUUAUUCGAGGACGACAACAAGGUGAAGCUUACAAGAGCUUGACAAGUGGGAAGAAUCCUCCGGUCGGGACCAUCAAGAAUUUCGUUCAUCUUCUAAACGACAGCGAUUUUGACUUCGAUGAGGAAAUUGAAUUCGAGCGUCUCCGCAAGACCGUAGUUCAGCAUGUGCGGCAGAACGAGAUGGCCGAGCAAUACAUCGAUCAACUCGAUAUCAAGAUUGCUUUACUUGUCAAGAAUAAAAUCACCUUAGAUGAAGUCGUGAAGCACCAGAAGCACUUCGGUGGCCAUGUUGGAACCCUCCUCAGCAGCAAGGACAUCUCGUCGAAGGAUCCUUUUGAUCUUAAAGCCUUGAACAAGAACUCCCGAAAGAAGCUCGAGCACUACCAGGAACUCUUCUUUUUUCUCCAAACGCAGCCUCAGUACCUGGCGCGACUCUUCAAGCGGAUUAGGGAGCAGGGGCUGCCCGAGAAAGAAUGCAAGCGCAUUGAGCAAUUGAUGAUGGGACUCUUUGGUCUAGCCCAGAAAAGACGAGAGGAAUAUUAUCUGCUCAAGGUCAUGACAAGGUCUCUCAACGAAGAAAUAGAUGGAUGCUCCAGUCUUCAGGAAUAUCUCCGUGGAAAUUUUUUCUGGGCAAGGAUCUUUAAUGGCUAUAUCCGAUCUCCUCGGGACCGCAAGUUUUUCCGUGAUCUCUUCGGUCCCUUGAUCAAGAACCACGUCAUGGAGAACGAAGAGCUAGACCUGGAGAGCGACCCUCUACAGAUCUACAAAUCUCUGAUCAACAACGAAGAGCUGCGGACAGGCCAGAGAAGUAGAAGAGUACUGGACAUUCCCCGUGAAGAAGCGAUCAGAGACCCAGAAACACGAGAAACCUUCAUUCAUCACCUGCAGGAUCUUCGGGAUAUUGCCGAUCAAUUUUUCGCGGCUUUUGAAGAGGUCAUGCACAAGAUGCCGUACGGAGUUCGUUAUAUUGCACAGCAAACAUUCGACUUCCUCCGUCUCAAAUUCCCAUAUGAGUCUCAAGAGCAACUACUUCAGAUAGUCGGUCACUGGGUCUGGAAGUCCUACCUUCAGCCUAUCUUGUUGCAACCUCAGCACUGGGGGGUUUUAGAUCGUGGAUUGACUCCGCUUUGCAACCGGAAUCUUGGAGAAGUUGCCAAGGUCAUGGGUCAGAUUGCAGCCGGAAAGCUCUUUGGGGGAGAGAAUGUAUAUCUCCAACCGCUCAACAACUACAUCACAGAAGCCAUCGACCGUUUGCAGGAGCUCUGGAGUAGCAUGAUCACUAUUCGCAAUGCCGAAGAGCAAUUCGACAUUGAUGCCUUCAAUGACCUUUACGCUCGCACGAAACCGACUCUCUAUAUCAAACUCGCAGACAUAUUCGCCAUUCAUAAUCUCGUAGUAAACGACCUCAACGCCCUCUGUCCUGCUCAGGAUGAUUUGCUUCGAGACGUCAUUCGCGAACUUGGCAGCGCAAAAAACAACGAGAACGAGAUGUUGCACGUUAGCUCUGCCGAGAUUACGCUGACCCUCAACCCCAAGCUGCAUGAGAUCGAAGAUCCCGACUCUGCGGUCAAAGCACUCUUCAUGGAAACAAAACGCUACGUUCUCUACAUUAUCCGCAUUCAAUCUGGCACAAACCUGAUGGAGAUUAUGGUACGGCCUAUCACCCCCGAAGAUGAAGACCGCUGGGACGCUCUAGUCCGCGAGGAGCUUGCUGUCCACAACACACACCGCCGCGCCAGCAAGAUUCAAUCCUCCGCCGCCUCUACCUACACAACCGACAUGCAAUCCACCACUCUCCUCGACAUGGACUACCCCUCCCUCAAACGCCAAGCCUUAGAAAACAUCUUGCACCUAGAACGCGCAGGCCGCAUCUCACGGCACAAUCACUACCAAGGCAUCCUCAACGCCAUCGCCGUCGACAUCCGCACGAAGCACAAGCGCCGCAUACAAAGAACCAAGGAACUCGAAGGCGUGCGCGCCACGCUCAGCGCGCUCGACGAGAAAGCCGAGUUCCUUGACCAACAGCUGAAGAGCUACAACAACUACAUCGAGCAAGCCAUGGUCACUCUCCAAAACAAGAAAGGAAAGAAGCGCUUCCUGCUCCCCUUCACUAAACAGUACAACCACGAGCGCGAGCUUCAGCGCUCCGGCCGCGUCUCCAAGUUCGGCAGUUUCAAGUACAGCGCCCGCACGCUCGCUGAGAAAGGCGUGUUGAUCGCGUGGAACGGCUACACCGAGCGUAUGUGGGAUAAGCUGGACCUCACUAUCUCUAGCGACUCGAUUGGUGUCUUUAGGCUUGAGGGCAGCCAAGGCAGCAUGAUGAUUCCUGGCGCGAGUGUUGAGGUGAAGCUAGACGAUUUGCUGCAGGCGCAGUUUGAUAAUCAUCAGUUCAUGAACCUGUUUGGGGAGGGCGAGAAGGGUGCUGGUACGCUCCGGUUGAACGUUAAUCUGCUGUUGCAUCUCGUUUUCAAGAAGUUUUAUCGGGAUGAGUGAGCGGGAAGUGUAGACGAGGAAAAAGGUUUGCGCGGAGCGCUGUAUGGGCAUUGGAUGAGCGGUGUUUGGUUUCGCUGGCUUUGGAAAUGGGCAUU